CGUGGUUUGCUGUCACUUCUGCACUGAUCUGUGAACAUGAAGACAUCGGCUGGUUUCUGGCUCCUGGCUGUGCUGCUCGUAGCUGCAACCAGCUUCUCUCAGACUGUAGAGAAGUACUUCAAGGUUGGCGGCACACUUCAGCUCAGCCCUCAGCCGGUCUCUGCAGAGAUCACCAGCAUCCUGUGGAAAUACGAUAAAAACCUGCUGGCUGACUGGGAGAAAGGCUUGAUUGAUCUGACAUAUUACAGCAAGUUUAAAGGCCGAACCACUCUGAACACGACCACAGGAGUGUUGGAGAUCAGGGACAUGACUGCAGAGGACAGUGGACUGUAUUCAGUGGAGAUCAACUACCAGGUCCAGAGUCAGGUUUAUCAGACUGUGGAGAUCGAAGCAGUGCCCAAGCCUGUGGUGGAUGUGCAGCCGCUGUCGUGUAGCUCAGCCUCACCUAACUGUAAACUGGUGUGUUGGGGAGACGUUAACAAAGCUGGGCCUGUCGAGUACUUCUGGAAGAAAGAUGAUGGAGAGUGGGUAAAGUCUGAAAAGAACACCAAGGACAUCAUCAAUGAUAAGGAAACACAGCGUGUGGAAAAGUUCUCCUGCAGGAUAAAGAAUCUGUUUAGUGAGAAGGAAAGCAGUUCUCUCCCUAACCCAUUCUUCCGUCAGUACCAUCACUAACGACGGUCAGUAAUGAUAAAGAACGUGAAGCUCCCAUGACUUUAGGCGCUGUGAUCUCUGGGGUCGCGGGGGUCUUUGUGGUGGUCGUCCACCUGCUGAGGCAGAAACAAGAGAUGCUCCACGUCUGUAAAUGCAGUAAAAGUGAUGAUGAUGAUGAUGCAGUUUAAACUCAAGUAUCUCCUUUGAUUUCCUGAUGAAGAUUAAAGUCUGUCUGCUCUCCUUAAACCAAAGUUCAUGUUUGUUAGCUUUGAUGUUUUCACUUCCUGUUUUUGUCAGUUUUCCGUCCUUUGUGUUCGUAGCGCCCAGUUAGUUUCGCCCCCUCAGGUCUGUGGUUUUAUACGUCUGACUUUCUUGUGUCAGACUGUUUUUUCAUCUCUGUCCUUAUUUAUAUUUUCUGUGAAGUGCCUUCAGGGUUCAAUAUUUUCCAUGAUUUUUUAUUUCUUUGAACUUUGUAUUUAAAACUCACAUUUUAAUAAUUAUUGUUGCCUCCAGUGUCGUUUCUUCCUGCGACUCUUAUACAGAUCGUGUUCAGAAAGUAAUUAUUUAUCUGUAAUCAUGACCAUUUCAUGUUUUUAAAAUGAUUGUUCAGUAAAAUCUUAAUG